AUUGAAAAUCUAGCAAGCGCACCGAAAAUUUUCCACAGCAAAAGAAAAAAAAAUGUUUUUUUUUUUUUUUUUGACUACAGUGAAUUGCCGCCUGCCAGUAAAAAGGUGGCGUAAGCAGCUACACAUUUCCACUCGUAAUUUCUAUUUUGUGAAAAAAAGAAAAAAGGCGCAUAAAUAGGGCUUCGAAGCACCAACUCAGAGUGAACAUCCUGUAUUGGGGUCAUCUGUCGAUAAUCGAGCAUCGACUGAGCGAUUUCCCGGGUUUUGAAAUCAUGGAGGGGAGGCGGAUCCAUCUGCAGUUGAUUUUGGUGCUGAUUGGUUGCGUUGCUUUCCAGAUCUGCGCUUCAGAUCCGAUAUUUUACGAGUCCUUCGAUGAGUCAUUUGAGGGGAGGUGGACUGCGUCUGAGAAAGAUGACUAUAAAGGUGUAUGGAGGCACUCUGCAAGUGAGGGACAUGAGGAUUUUGGGCUUCUUGUCAGCGAACAGGCUAGAAAGUAUGCAAUUGUGAAAGAACUUGACAAGAUUGUCAGCCUUAAGGAUGGGACUGUUGUCCUACAGUUUGAGGUCCGGUUCCAAAAUGGGCUAGAAUGUGGUGGUGCAUACUUGAAAUACCUCCGAACCCAAGAGGCUGGCUGGAAACCAAAAGAAUUUGAUAAUGAGUCUCCAUACUCCAUAAUGUUUGGACCUGACAAAUGUGGGUCCACCAAUAAGGUGCACUUCAUAAUAAAGCACAAGAACCCCAAGAGUGGGGAGUAUGUGGAGCAUCAUCUCAAGUACCCACCCUCUGUGCCUUCUGACAAACUCUCCCAUGUGUAUACUGCAAUUUUGAAACCUGAUAAUGAGCUGCGGAUUUUGAUAGAUGGAGAGGAGAAGAAGAAAGCAAACUUUUUCUCAGCUGAAGAUUUUGAACCUGCACUGAUACCUGCCAAGUCUAUUCCUGACCCAAACGACAAGAAGCCAGAGGAUUGGGAUGAGAGGGAAAAGAUUUCAGAUCCAGAUGCAGUGAAACCAGAUGAUUGGGAUGAGGAUGCACCAAUGGAAAUUGAAGAUGAAGAAGCUGUGAAGCCUGAAGGGUGGUUGGAUGAUGAGCCUGAGGAGAUUGAUGAUCCUGAUGCUGCAAAGCCUGAAGAUUGGGAUGAUGAGGAGGAUGGUGAGUGGGAAGCACCAAAAAUUGAUAACCCGAAGUGUGAGAUGGCACCGGGUUGUGGGGAAUGGAAGAGGCCAAUGAAGAGGAAUCCAGCUUACAAAGGAAAAUGGCAUGCCCCUCUAAUUGACAAUCCGGACUAUAAAGGCAUCUGGAAGCCGCAGGAGAUCCCAAACCCUGAUUACUUUGAGCUUGACAAACCUGAUUUUGAGCCCAUUGCUGCCAUUGGCAUUGAGAUUUGGACAAUGCAAGAUGGCAUUUUGUUUGACAAUAUUUUGAUAGCUAGUGAUGAGAAAGUUGCAGGAUCAUACAGAGAAACAACAUGGAAACCAAAGUUUGAAGUGGAGAAAGAAAAACAGAAGGCUGAGGAAGAAGCUUCCGGUCAAUUGGGUGGACUUUCUGGCUUCCAGAAGAAGGUUUUUGAUCUCUUAUACAAGAUAGGUGACAUUCCUUUCUUGGAAGCAUACAAACCCAAGAUCAAUGAUCUCAUUGUAAAAGGUGAAAAACAGCCUAAGCUAACAAUUGGCAUCCUGGUUUCCAUGGUGGUGGUUAUCUUGACUGUCUUUUUAAGACUCCUUUUUGGUGGGAAAAAGCAAAUGGUCAGUGCUGCGGAGACAAAGAGUGGAGUGGCUGCAGAGACCUCGGAAGAUGAAGGAAAAAAUGGAGAAAAGGAAGAUGAGAAUGAGAAGGAAGGCGUGAGAGAUGAGGAUGAGAGGGAAGAUGUGAGUGCUCCUCGCAGGAGGACCAGAAGGGAAACUUGAACGGAUUUGAGUUGGCAGUGAUGGUUGCUUCUGUUUCUGGAUAAUUUUUAUGUGGGAUAUUCAGAUGAAAACUUGUAGGGAAAUUUAAAUUUUGCUGUGAGAUUAGGGUCAAGUAGGGACAAGUUCUUUAAUGAGGGUUUGUCCUGAUGUUCUUUUGUCUCAAAUACUUUCAGUGCCAUCUGGCUCGAGUUGUCCUCCUCAUAAACUGUCUCUGUAUGUGCUUAGUUUUUCAGUGUUGAAUUCGACUUGUCUUGUCUAUGUAUAAAUGUGUGCACGUGUUUUCGGUUGCU